AUGGCCUCUAUUCGCACUGCUGCUCGGCUGUCCAAGUCGCUGCGCCCAGGCCGUUCCCAACUCAAUACGACUUUCUCUCGCCUCUACUCUUCCGAAAAAUCCGACACUACUCAAAUUGAGACCAUACUUGGCGCGCCGAAUUGGUCAGUCAGGUCGCUGCUCCCGAACCCAGCUUCAAAGCCGCCACCAUCAGUCACACCGAAGCAACUCCAUCAUCUACUACGCAUCUCGGCUCUUCCUCAGCCUGCCAAUCAAGAAGAAGAGCAGUCAAUGCUUGAUACACUAGAGUCUCAGAUUCAUUUUGUGAAGGAGAUCCAACUGGUUGAUACUACUGGUGUCGCGCCGCUUGCUAGAAUUCGCGACGAAAGUCCUGCUGCUAUGGAAGAGGAAACGAUUGGAAUCGAAAAGCUCAGCAUAGCUCUGUCUAAGGAACAGGUAUCCGGACGACGAGGGAAGAUCCAGCGUGUUCCAGGGGAAAAAAACGAUCGUCCGGAUGGAACGGCUUGGGAUGGGAAUGCGCUCGGGUCCGCAACAAAGACAAAGGGGAAAUAUUUUGUUGUUGAAAUCGCCAAUUGA